AUGGAGGGGAAGAGGAUGUUUUUUGGUAGUAAAAUCCCAGCAUCACUCAUGUCAGUGUUGAUGCCCGAAGGACCCAAGCCAUUGCUACCGCCACCUAAAAAUUCGGGUCUACAUGUAUUCAGCUUUCUGGCCAAUUUUGUUCUCAGAGAGGUUCUAUCAGCUAUCCAGAAAGGAAAACCAGGGGCUCUCUCUCCUGGAAGACCCCCUGAGUUCCUAAAAAAUUACAAAGCAAGCCCAAAUUUCUUGGCUUACUUGGAAGGUCUCUGUCCCUCUAGAUUUGCAAUUUCUAAAUCUCGGGAAGAAGCAGUCUAUAUGGAAUUCAUGAAGCAAUGGAAUACUGGAGUCUAUUUCACAUUCAGAAUCUUGAACUGUAUUUUCAUUACAGAUUCUCAAACUGGUUGUCAGUUGGACUGGAUGCUCGCAAAGCCAGUAACUCAGGAAGACACACUUAAGUAUCAGAAUGGCGUAUGUGAAACCAUCAUUAUUGAGACACGUAAAAAUGUGAGACAUAAGACAGAGCAUGAAAGUGCAAAUGAAGGCAAGGGAGAUCUCCUUACUCCCUGGAGAGAGAGAGCGGGGAGUGAGAAAAUGCUUGCAGGAAAUCAUAUUUGGUGGAAAAGGAGAAUUUGGCUUAUGCAACGUCUUAUCAUUCAUCUAGAGCUGAUGCAAGUGGAAGAGAAGCUUGAUUUUCGAAGAGUUCGAAAAAAAUCAUACAGUGAAGGGGUGGGGAGUGGGGGUGAGGGUGAGGGUGAGGGUGAGGGUGAGGGUAAUAAGAAAUGCCAAUUUUCCUUGAACUUGCUGGAGAUAAAUCAUGAUCUAAAUUGUCUGGUGGAGGAAAUUUGCAGCGGUUACCUGGGGAAUGUGCUUGAGCCUCUUAUAUCAUGUUCCCCUGAAGUGCCUGAUCUUGUAAGGCAGAGUAUUUUGCAGGGCGGCAAUUCCCUGGAAGUUCUUCCGCCACUUGCUUUUCUUGAUGGAAAGCGAGUUGCCACGUAUCUGACAGGCGACUUCCGAAAUGAACUCUUGCAGGGUGCAACUAGUGAGAUUACUCUCCGAUAUUAUGUAUUCGAUGCUGAUUGCGUUAGUGUGUUAUUUCUUGAUAUUCAGGAGUACGCACGCAACCUUGCUUCCCUUGGUGUUGAUGCUGCGAAUAUUCCCUAUACCGUUCCUUAUGGCAAUGUGUUGCACCUCGAGACAGGCAAAAUACAAGAAGCUUCUAGUUUAGAACUGUUACUAUUUGGCAUAGGGUUAUAUGCAUAUUUUUUUUUAGUAUAG